AUACCUCAAUCAGUAACCAUUUUAGAUUUGCAUUCAUACAAUGAACCCCUAUUCGGAAUAAUACCAUCAAGUGUCACUGACUUAACUCUCGGUAUGGGCUUCAACUUUAAUCAAAGUAUAAAAAACUGCAUACCCUCGAGUGUAAAAAAGCUAAAUUAUGGUGGUUAUUAUCAAAGAUUGGAAAUUGGUGAUUUGCCUGAUACCAUCACAUCUCUUACAAUAGGGUCAUAUCAUAUAGCACCUGGUGUUAUUCCAUCUAGCGUCACAAUAUUGGAUAUUUCAAACUUUAUUAAAAUAUUGACCAAAGAUAUAAUUCCUAAUUCUGUAAAAUACCUAAAACUUCCAAAAAAUUAUAAUAGCAUAUUAACAAAGGAUGUAAUUCCAAACUCUGUCGAAGAACUGGAUGUUGGUAAUAGCUUUAAUCAUCAUCUGAUACCCUAUGAAUCUAUUCCUCAAUCGGUUAAAGUUUUAAAUUUGGGACCUAGUUUUACAAAAAAACUUUAUCAAGGCUCAAUUCCUGCAUCAUUAUCCGAAUUAACCAUAUCUGAAGAUUUCAAACAAAUCCCAUCAACAAUAAAUAAAAUUAAUUAUAUCAAACCCAAUACUCCAAAUGUAAUUUUAAGAAAAGAAAUAUCAAAUCAUUUAAAAUUAUUUAUUUAUAAAAAUCAUACAUUCAAUACUAUAGAAGAAUACACAACUCACCCAAAUAAAUUCUAUUUUACAAAUGUUACAUUAAAUAUCAUAGAGAAAUUAAAUAGAGAUGUUUUAUUAGAUUCAAUAGAUACCUUAACAUUGGGGGAUGGCUUUAAUCAUAAAAUAAAAGAAGGCUCCUUACCUGCUUCAAUUAAAACAUUAAAUACCGGUGGUUUCGAUAAAUUACUUAAGCCAGGUGAUAUUCCUUUAUCAGUUAAAACUCUAAGACUAGGCAAUGAAUUCAACCAGCCACUUAAAGAAGGAGACAUACCAUCAUCAGUCGAAACUUUAGUUUUUGGUAUAAAGUUCAAUAGUGCACUCACACCAGGAGUAAUACCAUCCUCGAUCGAAAAUUUAUUAUUUCUUCAUUAUUUCAACCAGCCACUUAAAGUAGGAGAUAUACCACCUUCAGUUAAAGCCCUAGGGUUUGGUUCUUUUUUUAACCAGCCACUUGGAGAAGGAGUAUUACCAUCUUCACUCGAAACAUUGGUUUUGGGGGAUGGUAUGCAGGUACCACCGGAAUCAGUUAUUAUACCAUCUUCAGUUACAACUUUAGAAUAUACAAUUAACAGUGAACUCAGUGCCGGAAAUAUACCACCAUCAGUUAAAAAUUUAGAAUUUGGUACUUUUUUCGAUCAGCCACUUAAACAAGGUGAUAUACCAUCCUCUGUUGAAGAACUAAUAUUUGGAGAAUUCUUCAAUCAGCCACUUAAACAAGGUGAUAUACCAUCCUCCGUUAAAACUUUAACAUUCGGUCAUUUUUUCUAUCAUCCACUUAAAAUAGGCGAUAUCCCAUCAUCUGUACAAACAUUACGGUUU